GAAGAAUCGAGAAUAGAGGGAUCCGUAGUGUAUAUAACCUUAAAAGAAAUUCAAUACGGGAGAAAUUGUAACAGCUGAACCUAGAACCUUCUAUCACGUGUAUAAAUAGCUGUCAUCAACCAUUCAACCUAUGCUGCAUCUCUACUGCUAUACACCAUACGAAGGAGCUUGUUGCACCAGAAGACCGUCGGAGAAGAAGCCAACUCGCCGCACCAUCAACGUCGACAUCGGAGAGCCACAACUGAACUUCGCAGCUGCUCGUUCGUGUCAACUAGGCACCUGUUACGCCGCUGUGACACUUGGACGUCAUCCCCGGAAGAAAGGACCGCUGAGGCGCUGAGUUUUGCACGCCGGAGAAGACAAAUCGUUGCCGCCGGCCCAAACUGCUGCUGCACGAACUGGAGGAAAAGGUAUCCGCCGGAGUAGCCACCAAAAAAAAAAUGUUGUCGAACGACCGCAGUUAACGAUGGAGCUACGUUGCCGUCCUCUUACCUUGCGUCACCGGUAUUGCUGAGCGCUGAAGAAGACGACUCUUCAACAAGGUGAAUUGAUUAAGGAGCAAGGUAGAAGAAUUGCUAGAGUACUUGGAGUUUGAGGUGUUGAGUUGAUCUCGUUGAAGUUGAUUUCGAGAGAGCUUCCGCUAGAACAUCAAAUUAGUAAAUAAUUAUAGUUACAUUUUUCCGCAUCUUAAAUUAGUGAACAUUUAUUUUAAAAGUUUAAUUUAUUUUUAGUUUAAGUUGUUUUAGCCUGUGCACUCGGUUAAGGGAGAAUCGAGUGUGGCGGUAACGCCCCUAUUUCCUUUUUGAUUUUCCGCUGCACAAUUUUGAUGUUUUCAAAUAAAGUUAAUAAAUAAUGUUUUAUUUAAAGGUAUUUUGGGUGGGAAACUUGGGGGUGUUACAUUCGGGUAUAUGGAUAACUCUCCUAUACUCGACUACCGUUUGAUGAACAUUGCUUGGCUGGGCCACUCGGGUUGUACAUCUUUUUCACACACCGUUUAUGGUGAAGAAGGGCCCAGAAAUAUGUACAACUGGCACAUCCACCCCAAACCCCUCAAAUACUUCCUCCUUCCCAACCCAGAACUCCCCCAACUCCACUACAAAACAGGAAGAGUGGAGCAACAUUACCUCUUCCCACACGCCCUUCCACCACAUCUCCAGGAACCCGAACAAGAACCUCCCCGACACCAACCCGAUUACGAGCCCUUUGCUCAACUCCAUAGCCAACACAACAUGGGCCAGGACAUCCCAGAACAGAGCCAAAACCCUCCACCACCCGACUUCUUUCAACAACUUCUGGAGGGUCAACAACUGCUUACGGGAAUAGCCCAAAUGGACAACCGGCUCAACCGAUUAGAGGAGGAGCAAAGAGCCGUUUUUCAACGAUUGGAGGAUGAGCAAAGAGCCGGCUUUCAACGAUUGGAGGAGCUCCGGGAGGCCGAUAGACAUCGGUAUGAGGAAGACCAACAUAGGUUCUACGGACCUAUGUACUCUUAUAUGGCACAACAGGGAUCCUUCCAUACCAUGGCGAACCCCCCUCCACCACCCUCAUGGUAUGACCCCACUCAUUGGGGUAACUUUGGAGGAUCAGGCUCCGGGGGUGGAGGGUACGACGGCGGAGAUGGCGGGGACACCUACAUGGGAGAUGGUGGCCAAGGGAGCAGCUUUGGAGGGAGCUACUACGGAGGAGAAGGCGGGCACUAGGGACAGUGCUUGAUUCAAGUGCGGGGGAGACACUCAUGAUGGCACUCAUUAUAUCCUUGUGAAGAAUAAGAAGAUUCAAGAUAAAGAAGAAGAGAGGAGGAGAAAAGAAGAUAACACUAGGAGGCCAUAAAACCCAAGAUGCUCUUUUGUAAUUUGAGUUUAAAACUCAUUUUUAUUUGUCAUCCUUGGUGGUCUUUGUGUUUGUAUUGUGUUUUUGUUGAACUGUGGAACUUUUGGACAAACAUUGACACUUGUAAACAUUUGAUCUUACUCGAGACGAGUAAAGGUUUAAGUGUAGGGGAG